AUGAAUACAAAGAUGGACCAAAUCCUCUGGGGAUGUUUCCUCCUGUGGAAUGUCAUCAUCUCAUCUGCUCAGACCAUUUACCCUGGAAUCAAGGCGAGGGCUACUCAGCGAGCUCUGGACUAUGGCGUUCAAGCUGGGAUGGAGGUGAUUGAGCAAAUGGUCAAGGAAAGAAACAUCCCAGACUUAAAAGGUUCUGAAUCUCUUGAAUUUCUGAAGGUUGAGUACGUGAACUACAAUUUUUCCAACAUCAAAAUCCAUGCCUUUUCAUUUCCGAAUUCUUCGUUAGCCUUUGUGCCCGGGGUGGGAAUCAAGGCCCUGACCAACCAUGGCUCUGUCAACCUCAGCACAAACUGGGACGUCAAGUCUCCACUUUUCCAAGACACAGGAGCAGCUGAUCUGUUUCUCUCUGGGGUCUACUUCACCGGGAUCCUUAUCCUGGCCCGAAAUGACUUUGGUCACCCAACCCUGGAGCUCCAAGACUGCUACGCCCAAGUGAGCCACGCCCAUGUCUCAUUUUCUGGAGAACUCAGUGUCCUGUAUAACUCCUUUGCUGAACCUAUGGAGAAACCCAUUUUAAAGAAUAUGAAUGAAAUGCUGUGUCCCAUUAUCACGGGUGAGGUAGAAGCCCUGAACGCCAACCUCAGCAUGCUGGAGGUGUUAACCAAGAUUGACAACUAUACUAUUCUGGAUUAUUCCCUGAUCAGUUCUCCAGAAAUUACUGAGAACUACGUUGAUCUGGAUCUGAAGGGCACAUUCUACCCACUGGAAAACCUCACCGACCCCCCCUUUUCCCCAGCGCCCUUUGUGCUCCCAGAACGCAGUGACUCUAUGCUCUACGUUGGAAUCUCCGAGUAUUUCUUUAAAUCUGCAUCCUUUGCUUAUUUUACAAGUGGGGCUUUCAAUGUCACUCUCUCCACAAAAGAGAUUUCCAGCCAUUUGGUUCGAAACUCUCAAGGCAUUGGCAACGUGCUCUCCCGGCUUGCAGAGAUCUCCAUCUUGUCCCAGCCCUUCAUGGUUCGGAUCAUGGCAACAGAGCCUCCCGUGAUCAGUUUGCUACCGGGUAACUUCACCCUGGACAUCCCUGCCUCCAUUAUGAUACUCACGGAGACUGAGAACUCAACUGUUGAAACCAUCGUUUCCAUGGACUUUGUUGCUAGUACCAGUGUUGGCCUGGUUAUUUUGGGACAAAGACUGAUCUGCUCCUUGUCUCUGAACAGGUUCCGCCUCUCUUUGCCAGAGUCCAAUCGCAGCAAUAUUGAGGUCUUGAGGUUUGAGAAUAUUCUGUCUUCUAUUCUCCACUUUGGCAUCCUCCCACUGGCCAACGCAAAAUUGCAGCAAGGAUUUCCUCUGCCCAACCCACACAAAAUCUCAUUUGUCAAUUCAGAUGUUGAAGUUCUUGAGCAUUUCAUAUUGAUUUCGACAGACCUGAAGUAUGAAACUUCAUUAAAGCAUCCACCAAGUUUCCAUGGUUGGGAAGGUUUGAACCUGAUAAGUGGACAGUGGAAGGAGAAGUCAGCCCCUUGACUGCCUGUUUGGGGUCCUCUCCAGGAAGUAAAUGACCGUUAAUCCUACCUGCUGUAAACUCUGAGGGAGAAGACAGUGGAUACUGGAGUUUUAAAAUUCUUGUGAAGUGCUUAGUCUGAAAGUUUUCUUUCUCAAGGCCUCAGGGACCAAGGGGGCAAAGUGUGUUAAAGAGCUAAAUCGGGGUGUGUGUGUAUCGUGGAUGUUUGAGUGCAUGUUCAUGUUUGAAUGCAUGUUUUGUGUUCCCGUGUUUAUAAGAUUCUAGGGCCAAGAGCUAGGCAUGUACUUCCGAUGAGGUACAUGAGAAACUCUUUAAGUACAGAUUUGAAUGGGUGUUGGCAGUGGAGAUCCCUUCAGCUCCUUCAGCUCUCUAGGGUUCUCCCCCUCCCUGCAUAUUGGAUUUUAUGUUUUAUAUUUACUGCUACUGUACCCCGUAUUUAAUUAAAAUUGUUUUCUAUCAAUGUCAA